AUGAAAUUGGGAUUUGUCGAAGGCACUACUUCGGCACCUAGUAAAGACACUGAGGGAUAUGAACAGUGGAAAAAGUGUGACUUCAUGGUCACAUCUUGGAUUCUCAACUCCAUCUCUAAGGAGUUAGUUGAUGGGUUUAUAUAUACUGCCUCUGCUAGAGAUUUCUGGCAAGAGAUCUGCGAGAGAUUUGGAGAGUGCAAUGGUCCUAUGAUCUAUGAGUUGCACAGGAAAAUAUCUCUUAUCUCUCAAGAAAAUCAGUCUGUGUCUGUCUACUUCACUAAGCUGAAGAGGCUAUGGGAUGAGCUUGGGUCAGUAGAACCUCUUCCAACAUGUACUUGUGGAGCCUCUAGGGUCAUAGCUGAAAUAACGAACAUGAAUAGACUCAUGUAA